CAAACAGGAAGAAUCAUAUGAAUACGAACCUAAGCCACAGCUGCACAGACACCCACCCACCCUUCUGACUUCUCCAAGACCGAUAUAGACUUCAUGUUAGACAGGAAGUAAGAUUGACAAAUCACCUAAAGUCAGUCCGCCAUUCACAAAUGCUACAAUCUUAACAGUAAUGCAUCUUAAAAGCAAGCAUACAGUUUAAAAUAGUGAAAGGGUGGGAUAUAGGUAGAUAAAACGAAGUAAAGUCCAGCUGAAGAAUCAUGGAGGAGGACAUCAGAAGAAAAGGGGAGCUUUACCUUCACCAGCAACGCUUUGGCAAGAGAUGGAGAAAGGUGUGGUGUGUGGUGGUUGCAGAAGGCUGGCGCAGUGUGGCACGGUUGGAGCUGUACGAGCACAAACACAUGUCCUUCAAGGAGGGUUCCAGCAAACGCAAACACGACAAACGGGUGAUCAGACUGAGAGAAUGCAUACGGAUAUCAGAAAACGACAUGGGUGACUGCCCCAAAAACUGUGCCACCUUUCUUAUGGAAACCUCGGAGAAACUUUAUGUGUUUGCUGCCCACCAUUCAGAGGUGAAAGGCUGGAUCAUGAGCCUGUGUGAGCAGGCAUUCCCUGACAUGCAGUCUGAACAAAAAUUACCAAGACAGAAUAGCAUCUACCCUGAAUCUGCAAGCAGUUACCAGUCCAGGGAGAUGCAGGAAAACUCUCUCUAUGAGACAGCAGAGAUCGUUCGAGAUUAUCUGGUCAUAGCAGUGGGCACAGAGGCUGCACUUCGGUGUAAUCUGCAUGGGGAAUAUAUCCUUACUCCCCAGUCUGAUUGCUUACUCCUGAAGCACUGUAAAACUAAGGAGGUGCUUUUCAAAUGGCCAUACUGCUAUGUCAGAAAGUUUGGACAAGACGCGCUGUCUUUCUCCUUUGAGGCGGGCCGCAGAUGUGAGUCCGGGGAGGGGAAUUUCGAGUUUGCAACCCAUCAAGGUGAAAGGCUGUUCAGUGUUGUCUGUGUAGCCAUCCAAAAUCUACCCAGAUCCUCCACAGCACAGCACAGCAGUCUUGGCAGUGUAGAUCAAAGUAUAGUCCAAGAAACUGUGGCAACAGAUGAAAUCUAUGACAACACCACAGCCACCCUAAGUCUUAAACAACCUGACUGUUUACCUGAGGGCGAUAUGCAGAGAGCGGUUCAGAAACAGCAUCCACCGAUGCUCAACCCCGCUUUUAAGAGCUUUUCUUUGAACACAAUAGAGCCACAAAGCAAAAGUCAAGUGACAAGCAUCAAUACCAACCUUGAGAAUCAGGAACCAGUGUAUGCUACAGUGUCAAAAGCUCAGCCAAAACCUACUUCCCCUACAGACCCUAAAAUGCACUGGCAAAACUUAAGAAAAGCUCUCCAUGAGUCUGCAUCUUUUCGAGACUCUUUCAAGGCCGACUCUGACAUUUCACAGUUGUCUGCUCUUGCGGCCCCCCAUGAAGGGGGAUCACAUGAAGAGACAAUGACCGGAGAAGAUCCAACUGACUUGUUGGGUGAUUCCAUCCAGCAAUUAGCAAUUAAUGAUGCAUUAAAAAACAUCAGUGCAGAAGCAAUUUACGCAGAGCCACAGGACUACCAAUUCAAAGCUGAGUGGAAUUCCAGCGCUGUUUACGAUGAACCAAAGGAGGUCAUCAUAGUCAAUCAAAGAGCUCACGAUGUGGCGGACCACACAGCUGAACAUGACUUUUUCUACAGUCCUGACAUUGCCUCUUCACAUGCCAUGGCAGCCCAAUCCAAUCCCAAUCAAAGUUCAGUUGAGACAUUUUCAACUUAUGACAAUUUUAAGUUAAAGGGGAGGCGAAUAUAACUUAGCGUGAUCAUUUCUUUAAAAUCAAAACUAAGGGGUAAUUUCCUACUAAUAAAUUGAUUGAUAAUUUAAUUGAUAGCAUGGUUUAUUCUACCUGGUCUCAGAGAAUCAUGUUACUAUAACUAUGUUUUUUACGUGGCUCAUUGUACAUAUGGCAACAGUUUUCUGGUGAAAUAAACACUAGAGGCGCUACAACAAUUACAUUUAUUCACUUUCACACAAAUCAUGAGUAAACGGCAGAAUAUCAGUUUAUAAACACUUACUUUUCAGUCUGCUCCUCACAAGAUGCUAUCUUAUCACAUCUAAUCACUUUUACUAUAGCGCAUGAGUUGUAAGGCGAUACAUUUGAACAAUAGCAUUACAUAAACAACUACAUUUACAAGCUUGUUCAGUUGUGCGGUAGCUUGCCUGAUAGAGUGUUGCACUUGCAGUGCAAAAGAUGGGUAUACUAAAGAGUCCUAACGAGCGCAUGAGUCAACACGUGAGCCGAAAGUGGCAUAAAAGCAACACAAAAUGACAAGGUUUCUUCAGCAAUUGCAUUCUUCAUGUCACACUUGCUUUUAUGACACCAUUGAUUAGGUUUAAGGUUUGGGGUAGGAAGGUUGGUUUUGAUGAUUUAAAACUCGAUAGAGGAUUCAUUUUAAAAACCUCAUCUGUUUAGGAGAACAUUUAACACGCUUUUAGCGUCACACAGCAGACAGUUCACCUUGAAAUUGCCGUGAUAUGUGCAAUGAACUACGUAAUAUCAUUUUGUAAAAAUUUUGCCACAGUCACAUAAUUUUCAUGAGAUCAGGCUGUGUUUAUUAGCAUUCGCUGUCUGCACUAUUUUAGCAGCCGAUUUUUGAGAGGAAUUAUGCAAAUCAGUUAAAGGCGCAAAAAAAAACUAAAAAAAAAUAAAAAAAAAAAACUCUGCAGUGCAGUCACCUGAAUCAGCUCUUUAAAAUACCAAAAAUUAUGCCAUUUAUAGUGUACGUCUAGAUAAUUGCUGGUUAUAGUGCUCUUUUACAUAAUUUAAUCAUCAUCUGAUAAAUUACUGCAGCCAUGAUCGUUAAAAUAUAUACACAUACAAAUUAUUCACGGCACUGCAAUAUUUCAGCACAUUGAGCACCUGUUUAAACUGUAUUGCUAGUAGUUAGAUAAUAAGACAAUUUCUUUUUUGCGCUGAAAUAUUGCACACUAAAUUGACGCAAAUGUUUAGUGGAAAAAACAACAGAAGCUCUUCUGUCAUCUCAUCUAUCAUUCCUUUCCCUUCAACGGCUCUUCCAGGAAAUCUUUGAUUGCUAGCCUGAGAAAUUUGGAAGAAAUCUGCUUGGCUGUAAUGGAACAGUAAUUAUUACAGUUAGUGGUACAUGCAUUGGCGGCAGUUGGGACUGGAGGGGGCUCUUUCUCUCGCAGACUGAUUUAAUUAACAGUGCAAGGGGACCUGCAGCUUGAAGCUGAUUGGGAUCCCGACCUUCCUGAGAAUGAAGAUGUCACAGCGCCUCAUUCGUCUAGUGCUGUCAGUCAUUCUCUCAGCAGAGACAGACACUUGCUGUACUGGACCAGUGCACAAUGGUGUGGUGUGGAGAUCCUUAGUUUAAUUAAUUUUAUACUUAAAAAGUUUGUUUUCAUUUAAUCAGAGGAUGAUUAAUAUAAGUAAUCGUAAAAAUUUUAAGUAGUAAUCAUAUUUUACUAAAUUAUGUAUUGCAAUUGAAUUAACAUGUUACUGAGAACCAGUCACCAUCUCCGAUGAUAUCUAAGCAAUAAAGAGAUCAGACCAAAG